AUGUGCGGUAACCGUAGCAAAGACAUUUCUGGCGAAUUUUUGGAAGGACUCACAGACCAAGAAUGGGAAGAAGGUUCAGCUGCAAAGCCUGCAGAAUUACUCAACAUCGAGAAGCAAAAGAACAGUGUCAGUGUUUUUGUUGGACCGAAAGAACUUGUGGAAAGAUCGGAGCGUCCUAUGAGGCAGAAAUCGGUGAAAGAGGAACCAGGUGAUCCCAUUGUACAGCUGGUGAAUCGGGUUGCAAACAUGGUCACCGCUGGAAGAGAAGAUGCUCAGGCCGAAGUAAGUAAUUUUGAAGUAUCACAUCCACACAUAGAAGUCUUCAACAUUCAGUGGCGAGUGGAAAGAGAGCUGUCCAUG